AUGUGGUGUACUAGACGAUCAAAUAGACAAAAAUGGAAUGUAAAUCCAAAGGAAAACAACGAUGAUGACGAUGAUGAUGAUGGAAAUAAUUCAGAUUCAGCUGGAAAUGUACAUAAAGAAGAUCAACGAUUAAAUAAUCUCCUAUAUCGUAAAUCAAAACUUGAAAGUGUUAAUGAAACAUCAGCAUUACUUAGUGGAUUUGCUAUUGUAGCUAUUGUUGAAUUAUCAUUAGAUUCUUAUAUAGAACAUAAAUCUAGUGAUGUACUUAUUAUUUGUUAUGCUAUUGUAUCAUGUCUUUUAGUAGGUAUUCAUUUACUUGCUUUACUUAUGUCCAUGUGUAUAUUACCUGAAUUAAAAAGUGUUAUACGUCAAAGUGAUGUUUGGAUGAAUAAUGAAAAUACAAAACCUUUAUCAUCAUUAAAUAUUUAUAUUGAAAUAGCAUGGGUUGUUUCAACAGGUCUUGGUUUAUUCUUAUUUAUUAUUGAACUUUGUUUAAUUUUUUGGAUUAAAGUAAGCGGAUUUUCUCAAACAGCUGCUAUUGCUGCUAUUGUUACACUUGGUCUUGUUGGUUGUCCAUUUAUAUUAUUUGCUAUUGGAUUUUAUUUUCGUGUAGCAAGAGCGAAAGUUAAUUUACAUCAAACAGAUUUAGAAACUAUUGAACGUGGUGCUAUUGCUCGUGGUAUUUUUACAAGUAAUCCAACAGCUCCAGCCGUACCAAAUAUAAAAGAAAUUUAG